CCUUUAUUCGUCCCAUUCCUAGAUGAUACAGUAAUACACAUUACUAAAGAUCUUACUUUAAUCAUUUGUGAUUCAGUACAUGUUCAGUGGUGGAAGAGACCCUCUGGAGUUGCUGCAGUGUAUCUGGGGCUGCUGUGUGUUCUCCUACUGGCUGGGACCAUAGGCCUGUCUGUCUACUAUGGAGUCAUUGGUCAUCACAACUCAACAGAGAGAAACCAGCUACAGACCAGUUACAAUGCCAUGACUGAAGAGAGAAACCAGCUACAGUCAAGUAACAACAACCUGACUAAAGAGAGAGACCAUCUACAGACCAGUUACAACACCCUGACUAAAGAGAGAGACCAGCUACAGACCAGUUACAACACCCUGACUAAAGAGAGAGACCAGCUUACCAAUUGUAAACAAACCUGUCCUGAAGGCUGGCAGAAGUUUGAAUCCAGUUGGUACUUCCUGUCUACUGAGACUAAAACCUGGAAGGAGAGCAGACAGGACUGUUUGAAGAGAGGAGCAGACCUGGUGAUCAUAAACAGUGAUAUGGAACAGGAGUUUCUCUUCAAACUCAAGAAGAGAGUCUGGAUUGGUCUGACUGACUCUGUUAGUGAGGGGACUUGGAAAUGGGUGGACGGCACCCCACUGACCAACCCAAGGUACUGGAAUGACCAUCAGCCUGAUAGUGGAGAUCCUAGUGGGGAGGAGGACUGUGUUGAGAUACAUAAAGAUUGGAUCUUUCCACUUAAGGCAUGGAAUGACAUGCCAUGUGACUGGAAACUCAACUGGAUUUGUGAGAAAGUGGUUUAACAUCAUCCUGACAACAUACUGUAGCCUGCAGUGCACACAACUUCCUCCUUCAUUCUCUCUCUCUCUCUCACACACACACAGAUAGAGCCUCUGUCUUGAUCUCGCUCACACACUCUGCCUCAAUCCCAAACACACCCUUACACAGAUUUUCACACACA